GAUAGUGAGAGAUAGUGAGAGAAAGAGUAAGAAGAAAAGAGAGAAACGGAGACGGAACUCAACGAGAGUUAAGCUAUCUGCUAAAACAAACGGACUAGACUGGACAGAGGGUCUUCUACUAGAAGGCAGCAUGAAGUGGCAAUCGGUUUGCGUUGUUUAUGUAACUAGUGACGCGCGUACAGUCCAUCCACGUCUCUCUGAUCGGCCGACGACUUAAUAACUCGCUGCUAUUUUACAGUCCCGUCGCGCUCCCUUCUUUCGCCUUCGUGUCGCUUCGUCCGCCCGUCUGCGACAUCGCGUCUUCGUUGUCUUCCCUUUCGCUUUUCUUCUCCAUACUUUCGAUCGAUCUACCGAACCGUGAAUUGAUUCGGAGACUCUCACGUCGCGAUCAACGCAGCUGUUCACCGCACGCACGCACGCACGCACAUGCACACAUAUACACAUGCAACCGUCCCAUACAAGGAUCAUGGACGACGAAAGGAUCAAGCUUUUCAAAGACAAAGCUGUGUAUGGAUAUGGGACGAGCAUUCCACCAAAUAACAAUGAAGUUGAUGAGAACGAAGCCUCGCCAAGGAAGGUGGUGUUUUGCGUACACGGGAAGCUAUCGGGUUGCUGUACGAUAGUAAAGAGUGCUACAUCGAUCGACGAGACCGCCACCGUUACUACCGCUGCCUCUGCCAUCGGCGGCUCCAAUUUCCAACAAAAUUCUUCCACUGUACCGGAAGACCAUUGUCACAGAGAAAGAAACGAGGAGAUCGAUAAAAAGGCAAGAAAGAAAUUACUGCUUGCUAGUACGCUAUGCGUAAUUUUUAUGAUAGCAGAAAUCGUAGGUGGGGUAUUGUCGAAUAGCUUGGCGAUCGCGACAGAUGCUGCGCAUUUAUUAACCGAUUUCGCUUCGUUUAUGAUUUCCUUGUUAUCGUUAUGGAUUGCAAGCAGACCGGCUACGAGAAAAAUGCCCUUUGGCUGGUAUCGAGCAGAAGUAAUAGGAGCUUUAACGUCAGUUUUAUUGAUAUGGGUAGUCACUGGAAUUCUUUUUUAUCUGGCAGUUGAAAGAAUAGUUCACAAAAAUUUCGAAUUAAAUGUUACCGUCAUGUUGAUCACCUCUGCCGUCGGCGUUGCGGUAAAUCUAGUAAUGGGUUUAUCUCUACAUCAACACGGUCACAGUCAUGGACAGGGUUCGCAUAAACCGAAUCGAGAUAUAGAAAAUGAGAGAAUAGACGAGGAAAAUUUUUCUCACGAGAAAAAGAAUAUUAAUGUUCGUGCUGCUUUUAUCCACGUUUUAGGAGAUUUUAUACAAAGUAUAGGAGUUUUCGUUGCGGCACUAGUUAUUUACUUCGAGCCAAGCUGGAACAUAGUUGAUCCAAUUUGUACUUUUCUCUUUUCACUUCUUGUGAUAUUAACCACAAUUGCAAUAAUCAAAGACGUGAUGAACGUUUUAAUGGAGGGGAUUCCAAAAGGAUUUGAAUAUUCUCAAGUGGAAAAUACGUUUAUGCAAAUCGAGGGUGUACUUAAGGUGCAUAAUCUUCGUAUCUGGGCUCUUUCGCUAGAUAAAACUGCGCUAUCCGCACAUCUCGCUAUAAAACCAGGUGCAAGUCCUCACAAUAUACUGCGUACCGCUACUAGGAAUAUUCAUGAUAAGUACAAAUUCUUCGAAAUGACGCUUCAAAUAGAGGAGUUCGAUGUACGUAUGGAAAAUUGUAAACAAUGCAAGUCGUUGUCGCAAUAAUUGCAGAUCGUUGAGAUUAUACACUUAUAUAAUGAUACGUAUGAGUGUAUAUGUAUAUACAUAUUUCCUACCUUUCUUUCGAGCAAGUCUGUCAUGAUCAAGUCUGAUCCAUCAGUGACACGAGAUUUAUAACGAGAUUUGAAAUGAUUACUAAAUAGCUCGAUAGUUCGUGGAAAAUAGGAGCAUCGUGUUUUUCCAUGGAUACGGUUGUCCAAAUAAAAAUGACAAAUUUCCUUUUUCCGUACGACUGAGAAAAUAUUUCAACCUCGUAAUGAUUAUUACUUACAAGUCAAUACAACGAUUCAUUUACCUGUCAGCGAAAUAGUUAUUCAGUAUGUGAUACAAUUAUUUAUUUUAAACGUGACUUUUAGCG